AUGAUUGAGAGUGGUACUGUAAAGAAGAUAACUGGAUGGACAUUUGUCAGUGGAGAUAAGCCCAUAAGGGUAUGUUUGUGUUGUAUUGUAUUUUAUUAUAUCAGUAUACAUACUAAGAUAUACUCACUGAAAAGCUAUGUCAUAAAUUUCUAUACGCCAAUGAGUUCUUACCAAUCAGAAUCGCGAUCUAUGUUUUUUUUUACAUGUGAGAAAAAUGAUACUUCCAAUGAAACGCCACAGCGAUGCACGAGUUUCGUUCCAAGUUUCCCGCCUUUGUAUGGGCUUGCAGCACGUUUUGCAGUAACGUAAGACGUUCUCAGCUUUGUGUGUUUAAGAUGCUUCCCUCUAAUCUAUGUAGCUAGCCAAAACGUUUUGUUUGUACACGUCUAAACUCGUUCUCGAGUUUUUCAGCCUUGAUUUGUUUAGUUGUACACGGGAGGACAAGCGCAGUCGUUCCCUAGGCCCUAUUGUCUGGUCAAAACUCAAUAAGCACAUAUAAUUCUCUGGGUCUGUUGACAUUCUCGAAAAGCGCAGGGAAUCUGUAGUUUUCUCCCGUCUCUUUUAAAACGCUUUUAAAGACUACUAUCUCCAUGGAAGGUAUAUAUAUUACCUUUUACGUACGAUAACUAAUUGCAGAUAUGCAUAAAUCGUGACUUGGUUCAAUUUUUUUUUAAUUGUAAACACAUAGGUUAUUUAAAAUGUAGAUAGAUUACCAACAGCCAUAUGGCAUUAGACUCCACUUAUUAUUUCAAAUUGUGACUUGAUAGGAUUAGAUGGGUGUCCCCAGUUAACACACAGUUGUGUAAUUAUGUGUAAUUUUACUUGAAUCGUGAAACAGAUACAACUAGAGACCUUUAGAUUCAAAAACGAGGACGAGUACGAGAUUUGACUUGAAGGUUUUUCGCGAAUUCUCAAAAUAUAGACUCCUCGGAAAGCUUCAUUUUACCAUUUUUCACUGCAAGAGUUAACACUCUUACCUUUAGUGAAGGAGAUUACACCCUCUCCCGAUCGCAAAAUGAUAAAACUUCUUUCAUUUGAUGACUUGUCUCCACCACUACAACAUUCCCGCUAAAACUCGUAGUACAGUGAAGACGGCUACCACGUUUUCCCGCCAAAAUGACGCUGGUUCACGCAUGAGCAAUACUCAGUAUUGAGAAAAUCUCGUACUCGUUGUCGUACUUGUCUUAGAAUCUAAAGCUCUCUACUAAGUAAUAGUGCAAAAUGGCGAGAGGUAAACAAAAGAAGACAAUGGAUUUAGUGAAUAAUAGUGCGUAGAAGAGAUCCUUCACAUAACUCCAACACCAUAUGCAAAGGAGUCACAAUAGUAGAAAGAUCCACAAAAUAUAUAAAUGAUCUUUUCGAAGCAUGGGUGAGCUUUUUGCUUUCUUUGUCUGUUAAUCCCUAUGCGGCCACGCGGCAUCUAUGGGGCAGUGAAGCGGGGCUUUAAAAGAUACGUUAAGCAGACGGAAAAAUGCACUUCUUUUUUGCAAACGCUUCAAGAUGCCGACAUUUUCCCAAUCCCCCCCCGCCCCUUUUUUUUUGAAAACUCAACGGCAUCUAUACGUAGUCAUUAUUUUUAAGACUGAAGGAUCGAAAGAAUUCAAUUUUUGGAAAGACUUUUAUUUUGCUUUAUCUGCAAAAUACUUGUUACUGAGACAUGCAACUCACGUGUGUUUCCAUAUACCAAUAUCGGUCAUCAUACAUCAUCAAACACUGACCGGCUGGAAAUUUUUCUGUGAGGAACGAAAGCAUCAGGGCAUACUAUCGUUCUACCCCAAGAGAAUCAUCGAUAAAAUAAAUUACACGAAUUGUUUCCCAAAACCUCCAAAAAGCUAAACAGCUGAUUGCCACGACAAGUACAAGCAAGACGGCGAUGUCACAGACUAUUGUGGGUAACAGGAUGCGAUACGGAAAAUCUCUCCUCUAAAUCUCAGUUUGACCCAACUAGAAAACACACACAACCAUAGGGUGCGGCUCGCUUCAAGCCAAGCGCUCGGUUUAGGCUCCGAAAAGACUAAAGGACACAUGACAUAUCAAAGAAAAGUAAUAUACAAUCCAAGUAACAUUCAGCUCCAAAGAACUAAAUCACAAACUAACUGAAAUGGGGUCGUGGAACAACAGCUGGGUGAAAAACCUCCCCGUACGUCCACCUGCACCUAGAAGGAAAGCCCCAGGCCAGCUGUACCCCAUAAACAACGGUCCCCCGGGCAAGACCAACUAAAUAGAAACUAGAAUAAAUUAAAAAACGGUACGAAUGAGAAAACUAAAUACCUAAAGCCUUAGAAACCGACAAACGUGAAGAUAAAGAAUCUUGACGAUACCCGUCCUUAGCCGAUUCACUAGCCCAGCGGCCAUGACGCUUAAAAAGUCGGUCUGGUACGCCAGCAUUUGCGGCAGCAGUAGCCCCGCCACUCCUAAGGCUAUGCGUACCAAUGGCAGAAAAAUCAGGUACAAUAUCUUUAAAAGCCUGCAGCACUAAUUCUUUUAACCGUGAAUAGCUUAAACCUUUAGAUCUAGGCUUAUAACAUAUAUGGCAUUUAGUUUUGGAAAGCUGGCAAAACAAAGGGCUAUCGCAGGAAAGCCCAGCUCUUUCUAAUAAUAAUGGAACAGCAAGACCGAGAUGAAAGACAAAAUCAGUACGCCCAAAUAUAUACCCCCGCUAAUUACCCACAUACCAGAGCACAUACCUAAACAAACAUAAGAUAGCGAUGAGAGCAUAUUUUCCUGUUAAUUACCAAGUCACACGCAGGAAAAUACUAAAGUUACAAAAAGAGAGAAAGUCCGGCACCGAUGCCGAUGCUGAUCUCCCAGGGGAAGCCAACCUUGCACCGCCUGAGCCAAAACAGGACAAAGCCAAGAAAAAGUGCUCCAGAAAGCGACAGCGGCAUCCUAGAUAAAUUCGAUCGCGACAAUAGCGACGAGGACUAAACAUGCGAAAUAUUGAACUGUCACUUUCCUUUUGUUCAUUUUUUCAGUUUAUAGUAUUUUUUCAGCUGAAUGAUUUUUGCCACACAAUUCGUCUUUUAUUUGAUGGUUCUAUUCGUGCGUGCCGCAAAUAAAGGAAAAGACACCCGCAUAUUUUACAUAUUUAGUACACUUUUGCAUUAUAGUGGCUCUAGUUGGAGUUAUGUCAAAGAUCUCUCGUAUUGUACUAUCUAUUUUAAGGGUUUAGUAAAAUCACUCUAAAGGUCUCCAUAUCGCGAACGUUCUUCUUCUUCUGUUCUUAUUUAUAUGCUUUUUACAUAAUAUUAUUUAAUUGUUGUGAGAAAUGUAGUAAUUUCUCCAUUGAGAGUCGAUAAAUCUUUCUUUUUGUAAAAUCAUCAAAGCCAGCGGUAAUGUAUUCACCGACUUUGUCCCUGAGGGGCUUGCUGAGAUUGCAUUUUUUGCCAAUGGCAAAGCAAUAUCCUGGUAAUCGAGAUAACAGUGCAGAAAACGUAGCCACUUUCGCACAGAAUAAGUCAUAAAACGUCGCGUCUGCUAUCGUUGUCCUUCUCAUAGCUUACCAUAAUGGAGACUAAAUUGGAAACUGAGGCGUUUCGAUCUCUUUCGAACGAAGAAGAGCUUCAGAGAGCCAAGUGGUAUAAAGAAGACUUAGAGAAAGGCGAUGGAUGGACUGAGGCGGCCACGGGUCCCGGUUAUACCUACUGGAUUAAGACAAUAGACGCUGACGAAGUUCCCAUUAAGAUAGUUUACACUGUUGACAUGCCCUUCCCCGCUGCGGUUUUUAUAAAGUUGUUGGAUCCCCAGAAUCUAGCAGCUCGUAAUGAUUGGGACAAAGCUUUCGUCGACCAUGAGAUUGUAGAAGCCUACCCUAACAAUGGCGGAUAUGUGACGUACAUGCGAGCAGUUUUAUCUUGCCCAUUGGUAGAUCGAUCGUUCGUUUUGUAUCUUCCACCAAGUACAGAGGUCGACUGGUAUGGAAAACGUGCACAUUUUUUGUUGAUCAAACACGCAUGGCACCCAGAAAAGCCCGAAGGCGAAGAUGGCCUAGUACGAGCGACAAAUGGUGGCAACUUCUACGUGGUGAUGCCAGAUGAGGAGCGACCAGAAGGUGCAUGCAGAGUGUUCGGAUUAACCAACAACCUCUACAAUGGGUGGAUUCCUAAAAGUAACAUGGAAUGGAUGCAGAGGAGAGUUGUACCCAAAAAAUUCAACGAGUGGCGAGAAAAUAUGGUGGAGGGUUAUAAAAAGUAUUUUAAUAAUUGAUGCAAUUUCUGGUGACUUUUUUUUAAAAAUUCGUUUAAAAAGUGCCCGUGUCCGUUGAUGAAAAGUAACCUUAUGCCCCAUUCACACCAACUAAACAUGUUUAAUUAAACCAGGUUUAAAAAAAUGAAAAACAGACAUGGAAAACUGGAACACGGGGUUUCACACAGGAUUCAAAUGAAAUUCAACAUGUUUUGUAAUUUGAAUUAAAUUUACAAUCAAUUUAAGUUAGUUAGCAGCUUUUAUGAGGGAAAGAAAAUUCAAACCGUGUUUAACUAAACAGCUUUUAAACAUGUUUAAGCUUCGGUGUGAAUGGGACUUUAGAUACAUGAAACUACAUAUUUAAAACAAAAAAAGGCUAUAUUACCGCUCGGUAAUAAGUGAAAAUUCGUGUAUAUUCUUAAAUGAAAAUAAAUGAAUAAAUAAAUAAAAGAGUUUGUUUGAUUACACUUGUUUUAUCUCAGUACUGUUUAUUUUGAUGUUAUUUUGUCUUCCUUGUUAUUUUUUUCGUUCGUUUUUUUUUUUCGUUAAUAAUAAUGUGUGAGAAAACCCGCAAGUUUGUAAAAUGUUCAUUCAAAUUAUAAAGAUAUUUUAGGCGGAUCGGCUUUUCCUUUGAAAGGGUCCAGCAAAGUGCUUGAUUUUCUCUUAAUCUGAAGUUUUGUUAAGAGUUCUGAGUUCCGAGGCCUUCUUAAAAAAUAAUGACCGAGCGCCCAUAUCCGCACCUUUCCAUGGUUUUAGAACCAGCAGGUCAUUAUUGUGGCCACUGAAAUGGGGUAGUAGGUUUUGUUGUCAAAACAACCGGGCAAAUUAUUCAGAGAAAACAGAACCUUGAAUACCUCGCAGCUGUGUAAGUGUUGGAACAUUGCAGGAUUAUGAUCAGAAUAAUUUGCCUGGUUGUUUUAACUACAAAGCCGACGUAGCUAAUUUCACUUCCCACGUUCACCAAACUAGGUUGAAUAACACAACAAUUAUUGCAUGCAACAAUAACUAUAACCAAUUAUGUUUUCUGGAUUCUUUGUUAAUUAAGAGGUACAUACCUCAAGCUGCCAAAGAGCUUGUAUUGUUUUAGCUUUAGAUUUUAUUUUUAAUUUCAGCAUUUUUGUUGUACUUUCCUCCACAUUCUUGACACAAUUAUUAGUUUGUUAUUAUUCAGUCACAUCUUUCUGGCUAGCUCUCUUUAUAGGUGGUUUUCAUGCAAUUUCGGGAGACACAAAUAACAAUGGUGAAAUGAACAAAUGCUGGUGGACAAACAAAACGAGCUAAUGAGCAAUCUUGUUUACCGUCCACCAGCAUGGCGGCGAUGACGUAACGUGAAAACCACCUAUAAGUUCACUCACCGCUUUUUCGAUCUUGUAUUUCACGUUUGACAAUGGUCUUGAAAUGAGAACCGAAACGUUUAUUUAUUUUUUGUCCAAUCUUGCUUAUACUACAUUUUAAGUCAGCAAGAUGUUUUUCGGAGUUUUUUUUGUAUUAUAAGAACUUAUGUCUGACGUUCGUUUUUCCUUGUUUGUUUGUUUGUUUGUUUGGUUUUUUGCUUUGUCAUAUCAGCCCUCUAUUUGUAAAAUGUUCAUUAAAAUCAUAAGAUAUUUUAGCCGGAUCAGCUUUUGCUUUUCGCUUUGAAAGCGUCCGGCAAAGUGCUCACUGGUUUUCUUUUAUUCAAAGAUGGUGUUAAUAAGAGCUUAAGUCUGAUGCUUUUUUUUCCUUGGGUUUUUGCUUUGUCAUAUCGGUUUUUUUCUUUGUUAUGGUGAGCAGGUGAUGAAGUUUAUUUCUACACUGGUUAACUUUACAUUUAUUCUUAGCUGUCAGGGUCUGGAUCGAUUUUGUUAAAGCGUUUUGUCUUUUGUCUUUUAGACAAUUGAUUAGUCCCUUCGUUCUGUUCAGUUUCAGCCGUUAAAUGUCCGCCGUUGGACAUUCGACAUCCACCUGUUACCUCACCUAUCUGGGUUCCCCCACCUCCAUGUAAACAGGCCUCAAGUCUUCCUUCCAUCUCGUCCUUGGUCUUCCUCGGUUCCUUGUGCCCCCGGGGCGUCCAGUACGUCAGUAAUGCGGGAUGUCCGACCGGUCCCUUCGUUAACGGGUCUUUUCGUUAACAAUAGUUUUUUUUUAGGGGGGGGAGGGGGGAGGGGUCUGAGUAAAUCUCAGCAGAAGCCUCUUCUUAUAAACACUAGUUAGCUUAAAUUUUUCUUUCAAAUAAAUUGAUAUAUCAAGUGGUAAUAAAUCAGUUCUGUUUUCUUCCUUAGCUGGUUUAUCGUCGCUCAUUUUACAUUCUUAUUUAUUUGUUUAAGAUUGCUCAAAUCAUGUCCAAGGAAGCACAUCACUUGUUGAAAGUCAAACUCCCAGGUAUUCCACUGAAUAUCUCCAGUCACCGGGACCGGGACAGCCGACGUGAAGGAACAGGACAGGGGUUAAUGUAAGGCCAGAUAGUUAACUCUUUAAGCCCUAAGAUUGAUCAGAACCAAAAAGAGUAAAAACAGCCCAUGUAAGGAGUAAAAAUAGCCCCAUUGUCGGAGUUAUUUUAACUCCAGACUGGGAGUAAAAAGAACUCUUUUUCAGGAGUAAAAAUGACCCCAAAUUUGGAGGUAAAUUAGGAGUUAAAGUAACCCCCAAAAAGGGGUUAUCCUGUACCUAAACUUUUUACGCCAUUUUUGGAGUUAUAAUGACUCCCUAAAAAUUACAGGGUAUGCUGGGUACCCUGGGUUUCACAAGUUCAGGGCACGGGGAUCCCAUCAAUUUUCCUUAGAGCACAGCCUUGAAGUGCUAUGAGGUUGUCAGCUUUUUACAAAAUGAAGUGCGGAGUUUUUCUUGAAUUGUUAUUUGGUUGCUCCUGGAAGUGAUAGGGUUAACAGGGAAACUUCAAAAAUCAAUGAGAAAAAAGAAUACAAAGAACACAUCAGGCUGUUUUAUAAGCGCUCGAAAUAACUACACUGUUUGUGACUCCCAGCUGAAAAUUUCCUGGAAUUUUGGAUCAAAAUGUUAAUUAUAAUUUCAAUAUCAUAGGUGACGAAUUACUCCUUAAUUUUGGUGCGAAAUUUCAACGUUAAUUUGUAAUUUCACAUGUGAAAUUACAAAAUUACCAUGGGAAACCUUCCGUACGUCUCAGUGUCAAGAUGGCGACGAAGUUUUAAAAUGCCGUGAAUGAAGAUGUCAGGGCACAAAAAGACGCUUUAGAAAACCUGAACACACAAGAGAACAUUAAGAAGGAUUCUAACAAGUAUUUUGCCGAAAUAGUCUGAAAAAUUCUGAACUUUAUAGGCCAAAUUUAAUAUAUAAGGUUUAAACAUUCGAGAGAGUGGAAUUCUCGAUCGAUACGAUUCAGGAUAAACAUGUCAAAAAUCCAAGAUUGCUAACGUAAUUCGUCACCCAUGAUAUUAAUAGGUAAUCAAAGGGUACACUCGUGAAAUUAGGGAAUAAUUUCUCUUGCGUUUUGUCCAAAUCCUAAUAAUUUUCUGAGCCUUUUCACUCGUCACCAUUUGAUUACACAUACUAAUUAUCUCUUCCACAAGUAUUGUUAACUACAUUGUCAAUUAGGCGUGUUCUUUUAAUUUUCAUUUAGGCUUCUUGCAGAAACGUCCACUGGCGUUGUGCUAUCAGGGACUGCGUUGUGGAAAAGAGGCAAGUUACUCAGAGUUGCAGAUUCCGCAGGAACCUUUCAGAUUAACUAUGAAAUUUUCCACGUAUAUACUUGCAUUCCCCGUAGGAUUAUUUGUUCUUUACUUCUGGACUGUAGGUUAAUUUGACAGAGAACUCGAUAUUUAUAGUCCGAGGAUUUAGACUGCCAGCUACGCAGGCUUCUAACGUUGGAUGUUAUUGAUAUUAGGUAUGAGUCCUGAUGAGGUGGUAAAUGCGGCAGUGAGGAUGCUUCUCUUCAACGUGAACAGUGGAUCAUGUGUUGACGACAUGUUACAGGAUCAGGUGUGAAAUAAUCGCACUCAUAUAGAUAUUAGGGGCAGUGUCCUAGCCUAUCCACUGACGUAUUAUUUUAUUAAUUUUUUUCCGACGAAUUUAGCGAGUGCAGAGCGCGAGAACGAGCUCUAAUCCCUUGCGCUAGAGGCCAGUAAAGCCCGGCCCCUGCCGGUUGUAAUUUUCUUUUUCGUACGCACGAUCGACACUCUCUAAAGAGAAAAUGAAGGGUCUAUUACCAGGCUAGCAGUGUCCCAAACUACUCAUAAGAUACCCACGUCAAGGUUUGCUUUCCAAAACUCUAAGUUGGGCUGGAAACCUCUUUCCAAUUUGCUAAGACCCUUACUUACAUUUGAAAGCCUUUUACUGUGAAAAAAUUAACAUUGUAAUCUCGACCAGGCGAGGUUUUUAAUACUUACAACGAAGGUAUCACCACGCCAUAUUUUUCUUGAAACCUACUUGUAAUAAUUCAAAGAGUGGAUAGACGGCAAAUUGUUGUUGCUAGAAAUAUCAUUACGGUUCCCCUUUGUUCGUUAAGUGCUAUUUGUACUUCAGCGACCUUUUUAGAGGCUGUUGCGCAACUGUACAAGCGGUGUAUUAGGAGAUCAAAAUUUAGUACAAGUUUUAGUCUGAAUACGAGUGACAUUUCAGACCAACGUUUUAGUGAGUAAUUAGGGGUUUAAUACAGGCGGUUUUUUUUUGUCUUCAGGCCAUUCUAUUCAUGUCGCUGGCAAGUGGAAAGUCAUCUUUGAGAGUAUCCCACCUCAACAACCGAUCAAAAGCUGUGAUUAAAGCAAUCGAAACCUUCACUGAGGUAAUAGAAUAUACUCUGGAACGUGAUACAAGAGAACUCUGUCUCCCUAGGAGUCCUGUGGCCAAGCUUACGCGAACGCAGUAUUAAUCACCAUCUACUGGAAAUCUUAGUUUCGUUGGCUGCAGAAUGUCAAGUCCUGGCUAGACUAUCAAACCGUUUUUUUUUUUCUCAUUGCAAAAAUAGUUGCAUUACAUAAAACACAGAAAAAAGGCAGAGAAAAAGAUAAGAAUGACAAUAAUAACUGAGGCCACUACAGUCGAACCUCCAAGCCCACCUCUCUACAACGACCACUUUUUUGGCAGACAGUCCCUACAUUGACUCUUGUUUAAACCUCUCUACAACGGCCACCUUCUUCAGUCCCAUUUUUCUGUUCUUUAAGACCCGUUUUGUAUUCAGGUGCUCUGCCGACCUGGCAAGGAGAUAUUAGACGACAGUUUUUGAUCGUUACCGGGAAUUAAGCGAUAUUCUUGUUUGGCGACAAGUCAUGAAAGUUUGCAAGAGGGCAUAAUCAUUUAUUAGCAAAUCUUGGUAAUGUUUAAUCUUUAACCAUCCCACUUCCCAUUAAAACAUAUCACUUCCGUGUCCACUACACCAUCAAGGUCCAACUGCCGACACUGGUUAUUUCUAACGUACUUUGAAUGGUACCCGUAUUAAAACAGUGCUUAGACCUAAUCACUGAACUUUGAAUAAAUAGUUAUCUACAAUAAUUAGAUAAAUGCUUACUCCUUACCUUGGUAAUCAAACUUGAAAGAAUAAAUUCUGGUCUCAAAGUCUCAGAUUAUAGUUCUGUAGCUUUCGACUGUAUCGCACAGUCUUCAUCAGCAAUAAACAUCCAGGAGGCCAUCCAUAUCAGACGCCAGGGUCCAACCCUAAACAGCUAUGAGGGUUAUGAACUUCCCGCGAUUUUUAAUCAUUUGUUGGCACGUGAUUAAUUCAUGUGACAAACAGUUUUUAUUGCUGAUGAAGACUGUGCAAUACAAUCGAACUGAGACUCUGAGACUGGAAUUUUUUUCCAAGUUAUCUACUAUGAUUAUUGCCUUGUGUAAUAACCAUUAGGUGUCCAGUCUCGUCCAGUCCAACACGAGUUUACCUUCCUAUAUGCUAAAUUUCCCAUAUUGCUGCAUUCUUAUUUUCACAGGUCAAAGUUAAUGUUUCACCGGCGGAAGUAGGGAAGGGAACAAAGACGAGACGAAACAUUUUGAUUGAAUGUGAAGGCCAAGGGCUUGUUAACGAGGACGUCCUUCCGCCCGAAGACAGCCUCGAAAGAGUAGAUACAACGGUGUGAAGUAUCCUUGAAAAGAGACCGCCAAUAGUUGGGGUGUCAUUCUCGGUCUAAACCAGAAGGAGCCCCUUGUAUAAAGCGUUUUCACUCAGUUGGCCAGCAUCUAUGCAAAUUCGUGGGAACAAAAGAAAUUGCUUACAUACGAAAGGAGUUCAACUACCACAGGAUUUGUUUGGAACACCAACAUCGCCGCCGCUUUAUUGUUUUGGAACACCAAUAUGGCCGCCGUGACGUCACGUGAAAACGCUCCAUUGAGCUAUCGGUCGUGCCACUGAAGGGUCAUUGGUUGACCCUUCAGUCAUUCCGCAAUAACAAUGCUAUGCUGAGAUACCUUUAUGGGAGGUCCGGGUAUGUCACUCAAUUUACAAAUUGGUCGACUCGGGUUCUGAAAUCUUUGCGACAUGCGAAGAACUGAAAAACAGGUUGUUCACAUCUCAUUACUUAAAACAUUAUUGUUAUUCAUGGAAUGUCGUUCGCGUUUGCGAGAUUGUCCGAGAAAUAUCGAUGUCCGAGUGUUCAUUUGGUAUUUCAAGUCACUGAGGGGCUUGCAGUUCCAGUUCUUGUUGUGAUUUGAAGCAUUUACUGAGGCCCUUGAAUCUUUUUGCAAGAUUUCUCACCGGGCCAUGUUAAAAGAACAUGUGCCGGGUUUUAUGGUGUUUAAUUCGCUGCUCCUUAAGGGGACGUAUUUUUGUUUGAUUUUUUGGAUAAGUAAAGAGAGUAGAACGGAAAACUGGGAUAAACUGCAAAAAUAAUAACAAUAAUAAUAAUAAUACUUAGAUUUUAAAGAUAAAUUUUAAUAAUACAUAUAUGUUAGCUAAAUCGCUGUGUAUUGUGGAGAGCUAAAAACAUGUGGUGCCAUUAUUUCCCAUUGAACCAAUUUAUAUUUCCAACCAAAGCCGCAAUCAUGUAGUCGCUGGCUCGAUUGAGUUUUCCGGCACGAAGCCAGCUUCAUAUGUUUCCUCCGAGUUCCACUCGUGCUUAGACUAGCUAAAAUAACUACUACGGUAUUGAUUUCUCGGUAGUUAAUAGAAUAUGUCUGCUGUUGAAGCUUUGAGAGUCCUUGCAUGUCAUAUCUUUCUACUUCGGCGAUGUCCUUUCGCUGACGACUAACUAGUGGUACCUUUUUCCAUACUGUUGUUCGAGGUCGAGGGAAGUGAAAGAAGUAAUUGAAUAUGUCCACUGUUGAUGCUUUGAGAGUACUUGCAUGUCAUAUCUUUCUUCACCGAUGUCUUUUCACUUAAGACUAAUGAGUUGUGCUUUUUACCAUGUCUGUUAGAGGUCGAGGAAGUCCCUGUAUCGGAUGUGACUUGCCAAAAGUAUACGACUUUGUCAGUUGAAUUAAACUUUAAUAUAGUCCGUGCCAUUAAAUUGCCAAAUAAAACGCCGACACAAGGAAGUCGCUUAACUAAUUAGUGUCCAUUUCGACUGGUAAUAAAUUUUGUUUUCUUCAAGUAACGAGGUUGAAAACAAAAGAUGCUGAGAGGUCAUUAAAGAUAAAAUAAAGGAUCUCUUUAAUCUUUGAAGUGUUGUCCUCAUCAAUUUGAUUGGUGACCUCUAGAUUGGCAAGGUAGUGAUAUUAAAUGAAGAAAUGUGAUGAUGGUCAUAUGUGGAGGGUGUUAAAUUCUCCGACGUUAAAUGCUUAAGACGCAAACGAUAUCCGCUAAAUCUUAAAGGACUGCAUGAUUUCAAGACCUUUGCUCACACGAUCAAGGAAAGCCUAUACUGAGUUACGUAAGUAUUCAUAUUUUUUAAUCCUAUAUGUCUAAACUAAGAAUUUUUACUUUUCUCGUUUCCGUGCAGUCAUAAUUUUAUCUCAGCUGUUAGGAAAAUUUUUCACACCAGUUGAUAUUCUUCCUAGUUUCAAUUUCUGUCCGUGACAGUACCUUGUCGAAGCUCGCCUUUUUCUCGCGGAAGCACCUCGAUGGAAUAUAACUACGCUUCGAACAAUCGCCUUCCGAUCUAGAUAAAUACGCAACUUUAGGAGUCUCUGCGUGUUUUAUCUAUCGAUUCCGUGAUUCAAGUCCCUUUGUCUGUAGACAUCGGUUGACAAAGACUAUUAAUACCAUGCGCAGGUUGUGAAGAAGCCAAUGUUUGUUUAAGUAAGUCAAACAUCCAUUCAUGCGACUUGCAGUGGUUAAAAUAUUAAUUUGUUUUCCCGAGAAGAUGACUAUCUAGUAAUUGUACAGGCUUUUGUUUGUGGUAACCAUGAACACCUUUAAUAUUUUCAGGUGCUCCUUAUUUAGUGAAAGUUAGAAAGAUUGAAUAGCACUCCGCGAACAGGACCUUUUAGCUCUAUUUUUG